AUGUCGACCAAACCUGUUGUGGUCUUCGCCGGCGGGGCUUGGCACUCGCCAGAGCACUAUCAAAGCAUCCGCGACGAGCUCCAACAGAGGGGGUACGAGACUAGGGGCGUGGCCUACCCGUCCGUUGGCGCCGAGCCGCCUACCAAAGGCCUGUACGACGACGCCGCCGCCGUUCGGGCCGUCCUCGAGGAGCUCGCCGGCCAUGGCAAGCAGAUUGUCAUCGUUGCCCAUUCCUACGGCGGCCUUGCCGGCGCGGAGGCCGUCAACGGCUACGGCUACAAGAAGCGGGCCGAGGAGGAGAAGGCCGGAGGCGUCAUCUUAUUCAUGUACCUCGCUGCCUUUGUCGGGCCCAAGGGGCAGUCCAUCCUGAGCUUGACGGGCAACAAGUAUCCGGCGUUUGCAAAAGUUGAGGACGGCCGCAUGCACGUGGUGACCCCCACGGAGGCCUUUUACGGAGACGUCGCCCCCGAGGCCCGGGCGAGGGCCAUCGGCCUCCUUAAGCACCAGACGACCGCGUCAUUCGAGGAGACGGUGACGUACGAGCCCUGGCACGACGUGGAGUGCAUGUACGUCGGCUGCGAGAACGACGGGGCGGUGCCCUUCUUCGCGCAGGAGCAGAUGCAGCGGCUGCUGGGGCCCGCGGCGGUCAAGCUGCGGAGGAAGUCGGCGCACUCGCCAUUUCUGUCCCAUGUUGCGGAGACGGCUGAGCUGAUCGAGUCGGCGGCCAAGAGGGGGGUCGAGGCCGUUGCGAGCUAG